GCUAUCCAAAAUGGCGGCUUCAUCGGCCACCGGAGUAGUGUAAGACAAUUCGUUUUUGCUUGCUGUGUUCCUAAAUGUCCACCCUUAUCUUUUAAAGAUUUGAUACAUAGGAAUUAUUUCAGUCUGAGAAACACUUUAUUUUGUUCCUGGUGGUCAACAGGCGUCCGAAAACACAACGUGGAAGGCGGGCAGUCGAACAGCGUGCGCCGAAGAUUGUUGAAAACACUAAAACUGCUCUGUUCUUGCGUGGUGGCAGGACAAGUGAGAUUGUGACUCAAGCCAUGAAAGAUCUGGUGAGUCAGUGGAAGCAUGGGUUCUGAGUGAUCUGACGAAAGUGUUAAUUAGUAAGGCUGUGUGUGGUGAACUGGAUUGGGAUGAAGAAAAUUUUUCUAAAUUUGUCACGUGGGAAUGUGUAUUUAUCUAAUAUGGAAGGUCUGAUCACCAACUUUCUCUGUUUUACAUUUCGUUGUAAAUUGCAUAACAGAGUUUGGUGUCAUAUCAACGUAACGCACGAUACUCUCGAGCUGGUAUUACUUUUUCUAUUCUCAAAACUUGUUGGGUAGAUGAUUUUUUUAACAUAAUUUUCCAAUAGAAGCUGUAUAUUUGUGACUUCUAGGACUCUUAAAACCAUAGUACUUUCAAAUUAAUUUAAUGAGACGCGUCUUCGACUUUUGGACUAACUAGUUACUGCGUAGUGUGUUUUUUACAUGUGUCGGGAGGCUUAGAAGAUCGAGGCAUAAAUUAGUGGCAGGGUCUUCUGCAGCUUAGCCUAGACGUACUUAAUUCCAUUACUGAUGAUGAAUCCUCUAUUUUCUCUUUCUUUUCAGUGUUUACUGAAAAAACCCAACUCAGUCAUGUUUCAAAGGUAAAAUAUUUCUUGAUCAAUCUCAUUCUUAUGAUGUUUUGUGACUGUAAAUUUCCUGUGAAAUUUCACAUUGUUUGGUUUGUUUGUAGUAACUUGUGUAGUAUUUCCUUUGUGUUUGGGAAACCAUGUAAAUCACCAGGCACAUGGGCCAGUCCUGGCUUAUUUGUUAUUUGUUUUGAUUAAUAAUUAUUGUGCAAUAUCAAUUUCUUUCAACUUUUAUUGUUUACAGGAAAAAUAUCAUGCGACCAUUUGAAGAUCACACUUCACUUGUAAGUGCAAUGCAGAAAGAAUUUCUCUUUUGUACUUGUAUUACACUUUCUUUUCUGAUAUGUUAUAUACCUAGGCAUUCUAUACAUUUGAGGGAAGAUUAAGCAAAGUGAAAGAGCUCAAUAUUUCAGACAGAAUUUAUUCAUUUUGCCAUAAAAAUCUAUAUUUUACAUUGAAACAUUAUUUUGACUCGGAUAUAUAUCUGUAAGAUUAUACUUAAGCCAUGGGAUUUGAAAAUCUUAUGCAUAGGGUCACUCACAAAUCAAAGUGAUCUGGUAUGGUGAUUGUUAAUAGUUCAAGAUCCUGUAAUUUUCAAUUUGCACCAUUCCAAGUUGAAUUACAGAUAUUUUGUGUAGCAUAUUCAAGCAUUGUUAAUAUUCAUGGUUAAACAAAAAAUUAUUUUGAUUACAAUAACUUUGAUAUAGGUAUGCUUGAUAUGUUGUCAAUAAGAUCCAAGCCUCAGCCUCAGCUUGGUGGCGGGUUGAUAAAGGGCAAGAUGUUUUCUCUUGCAAAGGUUCACUAAGGAUACUUAACUUAUCUUUUAGGAAUUCUUUAGUGUUAAGAAUGAUGCAGCCUUAUUUCUCUUUGGGUCUCAUUCCAAGAAGAGGCCUCACAAUCUGGUCAUAGGUAGGUUUCAUUAUUUAAUCAGAUUUCAAGCUAAUUAUCUUAACCCUUCCACUCUCAAGAUCUCUUAGUAAUUCUCCUUACUUUCUACCAAAGAUUGAUUAAUUUUAAUUCUGAGAAUUUAGUAGUGGAUCAAGUUAUAAUCCCCUAAUUGAUAUUUUGCUAUAUUCUGCUCGGCGUUGUAUUAAUAUUUUAAGGAGAAUGUAUGUCUUGGUCAGUACUGGUAGUAAAAUGAUUAUGUCAACUCAUUGUACUGAUCUACCAUAAUUCAAAUGUUAAAAAAAUAACUACCACAAGAUAAGUCCUUGAUGUGUUUAUUCACAAUGGUUUCGAUUUAACAAAGGAUUUGUCACCUUUCAGGUCGCUGUUUUGAUGGCCAUAUCUUGGACAUGAUUGAGUUAGGAAUUGACAAGUUUGUGUCACUAAGUCAAUUUAAGGUAAGAUGGACAUUAUUUGUUGCCUACAAGAUUCAGUAUGCAUGUUGAAUCUAUCAUUGAAAUGUGAAAAUAUAAGGGAGUUAUUAAAAUGAACUGUUGAUAUCAAGCGCAUGAGUCAGAUACCUUAUUACCCAAAACUUUCUUGUAGGGGGGCUCCCAACAAAAUAUCUGGGAUUGUAUCAUGUUAACACAAGACUUCUGUUCUGAAUUUAAACUUACUUUUCAGAUUCAGAAGUGUUCAGUUGGUACCAAGCCUUGUUUGCUAUUUUCUGGACAAGAAUUUGAAAAUGAUGUUGUUUACAAACGCCUGAAAAGUAUUUUCAUAGGUUUGUUUCCCCCUUUUUUCACUGAACUGCAAAGCUGAUAGUGAAGCAUGUUGUUUGUGAGUCAGAGGCCAUAUUGAAUGGCCAAAAUUUAGGUGACAGGCUAUGCUCUCAUAAUUUACAAACAUUGUUUAUUUUAAUUUUAGUUGUAACCGUAUGGCAUUCAGAUUAGUAACCCCAAGUUAAAAAGUGUUUUGUCAUCACAAUUUUUUUUUUGUAAGAGUAAAAUAUCACCCUUUGUCUUUUUAGCAGGCUAAACUUCAGUUCUUUUCCUUAACCCUUAAACUCCCAAGAUCUUAUUGUUAAUUCUCCCCUCUAGCUGCUACACAUUUCCUUGUAAAUCAGUUAUGAGAAUUUGGUGUUAGGUCAAGGUUACAACUUCUAUGUACUAAAUUCGAGUAUUCUCAUUAUCUGUUUCCUGGAUAACUUAUGUAUACUAUGGGGAGAAAUUACAUGUUAAUCACUUUUUGGAGUUGAAGGUUCCUUUUUCUUUUCUUUUUCUUUUUUUUUUCUUUUUUUUUUUCGGGGAAGGAGUUAAGAGAUCCUCUAGACUGGAAAUUUUGACUUAACAGUCAAGUUAUGGAAUGUCCAAACAUUCAGAUCAAAACCUUUUGCCUGACAGAAAUGAAUUGGAAAUAGUAAUUCAUUCCAAUGUCAGUUACUUUGGGUAUUGACUCAAGAGAAGCUGCAAUAAACAUGUGACACUACAAACAGUGUAUGUGGACAUUUUAUUCAUUUGUCAGCUGCCUUUCAUCUUCAGAUUUCUACAGAGGACCAGUAAUAGAGAAAGUCAGAUUACAGGGACUUGAGCAUGUGUUACAAUUUACAGCAGUGGAUGGGAAAAUUUAUCUCAGAAGCUACAGGUAUUAAAAAAAUAUUUAAACAAUUGCAUAUUUUAAGUUGUGUUUGAGAUAUUUAAGGAUGCUUCUCUGGUGAUAAUAUUAAUAAUAUCUUAUGAAAAAGUAAUUCAAGGUGUGAGAAUGGCUUUGUUGUAAUGGAGACUGAUUUCAUCUACAUCUGUACUGAAACUGACAGAUAUAAUUUUGUCCCAGAUCUGAUGAUCUUAGUGGACUUGUUAGAUUGGUGGGAUUGCUGAAAUAUAUAUUAUGCAGUGACAUUUUUAUAGAAAAUUUGUUAGUAUAAUAUUAUAAAAUUACCCUCUGGUUACAUGCUGGCAGCCAAACAAUUUUCACAGAAUUUCCAUCAAAAAUUCUUUUUAAUUUUUUGACAGUAUCAGAUCUUGUUUAGAAAUUUCAAGCAAUCCUAAGAACUGAAAAAAAAAUUAUAUGCUAAUGUGGUAGUGUUCUUCUAUAUACUAAUCAGUUAAUAGUUUUCCUUUUUUCUAUGUCAAGGUGACUUCAAUAAGAUGUAAAUAUUUUGUUUUUCAGAGUAUUGCUGAAGAAAUCAGGAAGUCGCACUCCACGUAUUGAGGUUGAAGAGAUGGGUCCUUCUCUUGAUCUGGUUCUUAGAAGAACACACUUAGCAUCAGCUGACUUAAUGAAGGCUGCAACAAAAGUACCUAAAGUAGUUAAGGUCAGUGUUACUUUUACAGUGGUAAGGUCACUCUUUUUAAGUGAGGCAAUCAGAGAACAUUCUUGUUUGAAAUUUUUGGAAAUAACUGGUUUUCUUUGUGAGCCAGACAACAGUUUUGUUAGUAAUGUUUUGGUGAUGGUGAUUCACAUGUGCACAUGCACAAUACUAGCAAUUCAUUUUUCAGGAAUGUGUUUUUUUAUACAAUCAAGAAUGAAUUUCAGAUAUUCAGAGUGCACUGUAAAAAAUUACUGGUAUAUUAGUAGACAUGCCAAAACUUCAGUGUUAACUGCCUUGUAGAGUAAUUAGUGUGGGAUACACAUCAGUGCACUGGACUUUGGGUCCUGAGGUUCAGGCUCCAGACUUGGCCAGGUCAAUGUGUUGUGUUCUUGUGCAAAACGCUUUACCUUCAAAAUGCCUCUCUUCACCCAGGAGUAUAAAUGCGGGGGUUUCAAAACAAACUGGCAACUGUUGGAAUUCCACUGGCUACUUGAUAAUAUUUUGCUGGUCAAUGUGGUUUAAAUAAUUAACAUUUGGCCCUUAAUAAACUUUUCACAGUCACCUACUUUUGCUGAGUCUGAUGUCCACUCCAAAAAAUUCUGAAACCCCUGAAACAGGUUCUGACAAAUUGUCAGGAAAGUUUGUUAACAAUUCUGUUUCCUUUCCAGCCCAAGAAAGUAAAGAAUGUCUCAUAUGAUGCAUUUGGUACCAAGGAAGGAAAAGUACACAUGCAAAGGCAAGAUUACUCCAAAUUACAAACCAGGAAAAUGAAAGGACUCAAAAGACAAUUGAAUACAAAAGGAAAACCACAGGAUAAAAUUAAAAGGAAAAAAACAGGCUGACAAUGUGAAUUAAAUUUAUUUCAUCUCAACUUUACCAUUGUUCUCAAGGUAGACAUUUUAAUCACUAUUUGUGGAUCAAUAAUUAUCAACAAGAUUCACAGUAGGUAUUGGACUCAAAUAAUAUCAGUAAAGCCCAGUUUAUAUUACAAAAUUCAAUGUUAAACAACAGACCUCUGCACAAGGCACUGGGGAAUAAAAUGUAGGGUUUGUGAGUUUAUUCCCCAGAACCUGGCAGCAACAUGUUUUGUUUUAUAUUGAAUGGUAAAAUAUAAAAGUUAAGUCUAACUGUUGUCUGUAAAUCAUCAUGUUUGUAAGUUCUUGUCUUGUUUCUGAAACCAUCUAUGUUCAGUAAAAAGGAGUGGAGUUGCAUUUUGACAGUACAUGAAUACUCAUUGUAGACAAAAAUUAUUAUGGGAAUGAAAAGAACUUGGAUGAUGUUUAGUGCACUUCCAUCAAAUGCUCAAAUCCAACACUUGAAUAUAAAACUCCACAGAAGGUGCUGCAGUUUUUUUGGUCUAUUUUCUUCUCUGCCCUCCCUCACCCAACCCCCUGAUUGUGAAAAAGUUUUUUUAUGUGCAGGUGAAUCACAGAAUCCUAACUUUGUUUGAUAAUAGUUUCUUUGUCAGAGUCGUGUGUGUGAGCCACAUUUACCACCAUUAUGAACUAUUACAAGGAAUGCACCCUUAAGCUUUGUUUGCAUUACAUUUUUCUUCAAGCCCU